UAUACUUUCCUAUGCAUAGGACUACCACUUCAAUAUUUUGCACGCUGCACAAGCUAGCUUAGGUGUAUUCAUCACCCACUCUUCAAACUUCCCCUGUGCCGUUCUACUUCCUAUUUAUUCCACCUUCCUCCUCCUCACAACAACGCUUGCGGCGACGGCACACACGACGGAGACAGUUUCUUCUCACAUUACACGAACGAUCGUUUUCCCUCAUCGCUGCUCCAUUCAACGCAACGCCUCGUUUAGGGUCUCCACCGGACCGCUUCCUUGUCGUUUCGUUCUUUCUCUCUGUAACUGAAAUCACUAAUGGAUUUUUAUUAUUGAAGAAAAACCCUACGAUUGUUCACUCACUCUCACUAUUGCUCUACCAAUUGCUGAACUAGAUGCCCAUUUUGAGGAGUCUGGUUCGCUAGCACUGUUCUACUGAUCUUGUUUGUAUAUUUUGCCUCCAUUUUGUCAGAGCAAUGGCUGCAUAAUUUUCUCGUACUUUAUUAUGGCAGGAAAGGAGUUGGUUUGCAUCUUUGCUUACAUAUUAGGGACAAAUCCUGACUCUAGGGGCUUUGCAUAGGGCUCUGAGGUAUAUCUUCCUUCUUCUUGCCUUUCAUUCUGCCCAUGAACCCUAUGCAAGAGAGAAGCACAUCAAAGCUACCGCGAAGGGCAAAAGGCAAAAAGAAAAGGGGUCUACGAGUAAAUGACGUUAAAGUAGCAGAAACCCCCGCAAAAUUCUCAUUUGAUAUAGCCAAAACUGCAGUUUCUCAGAUCUGCCAAUCAGCUGGCUACAAAAGAUCCAAAUAUGAUGCUCUUGAAGCCUUAACUAAUGUUACCACAAAAUAUCUCGAAGCCAUUGCAAGAUCAGCUGCCUCUUUUGCCAAUGCAUCCAACCGUACUGAAUCUAACCUCUUUGACCUCAUCAAUGGCAUUCAUGAUAUGUGUUCUGUUCGUGGAGUUCCUGGUGGUUCAAAAAUGCAUACAAGUAGCCUGCUGAGUUCUGGAGCUCUAAAAGAUAUAAUGAGUUUCGUCAAAUUCUCCAAAGAAGUGCCAUUUUCCAAACCAAUUCCAUCAAAAAAUGCUUAUGGAAGCCAAAAUCAGGAUUUAAUCACCGAUUCUGGCACAUCAACAUGUUGCUUAAAGGAAGCAAAACCAAAAGGUUUGCAUAUACCAAGUUGGCUCCCGGAUUUUCCUAAGGAAAGCUUAUAUAAAAAGUCUGAAGGGAGUUUAGUAGAGAGGAAAUGUGGUGAGAAAUUGUGGGAACAUUUGCUUGCAAUGGAAGAUUGCAGUGAUAAUGUGGAGGAAAAAAGUGGCAUGUUAAAGAGUAAUGACAUAAACAAAAAAGAAGAGAAAGCCAUCGCGACGGAGUUGGCAAAGGGAAGAGGCAGGGUGAAGUUUAAAAUUGGAAAGGAGGAAGAGAAACAGAUUGGGUUGGGUAUGAAUAUGAAUAUGAUGAAUGGGGUUUGUAAAGGAAGGAAAAGAGUGUCUUGGAGUCGUUACAAAAUAAAUGACUGUACGAGUAAGGCUGAUGAAAAUGAAGAAGAAAGGAGUGCAUUAAAAAGAGAGAUGAGUUAACAUGAUUGUUAUGGAAAUUAUGUUUGAAAUUGUUGUUAAGACUAUUCUUCAUGGAUUAUCAUGAAAGAAGAGAUUGACCUGAAAAAAAUGAAGAAUUUGGUUCUCUUCAUGGAUUA